AUGAACGCCAUCAUCGACGUGGCCAAGCAGAUGUCGGAGUGGCCGAGGGAUGAUCUGUCACUAGGCACUUUAUGCUUCUUACGCAACGCACCGAUUGACUGGCUAAGACGGCAGAUCACCGACGGCUUCACCGCCGCAGCUCAGGACAUCCUCGGACACACACAGUUCGAAUCAGUCCUUCUUGACGCCAUUCCGCGCCCUAUCAUCGACCAUCUCGACAACAUACUCGUAUAUGUCGACUGUGUGAGGCGUCCAAACAUCCUUCCUUUGCUCUAUGGCGGCGGUGGAACAGCCGCACCAGCUGGCUGGAAGCGGCUCGAUGGACACGCGGGCAUGGUUGAUGGGACACGAAAGGCCUAUAACAUACAUGAAAAGGCCCUACAGCAGCUAGGUAUUAUGCCGAAGUUCAGCAUCGUAUGGAGCUCAGCACGUGCCAACCGAUCACCGGUACUCCCGCUUGUCGUCGAAGGCUUACUCCAGGUCCACUUCGACGUCUGCACUCUAGAGCCUUCCCUUCCUAAAACUGAAGAACUGUUCGUUUCCGAUAGCCUUGGGCGUCUCGUCCGAGACUUCGGCGCAAACGUCAACCCAGACUUGGUGUUCGAGCUCACUACAUCUCUACUGCCCAUUGCUCAUUGUGUGUGA